AUGAGAAAUCCUACCAUGUCUACCAUCGUCAUCCCUCUCUUUCUCAUCUUCCUGCUUCUCCUUCCUUUUGCAUCUCCAGCGCCUAGAAUCUCUCUGACAAGCCAUUCUUUCCUUUCUGUGGAGGAUGACUCAGACAUCCUCAUCUCACAAGACAAGUCAUUCGCAUGUGGCUUCUACGAAGUUGGUACGAAUGCUUUCACCUUCUCCAUCUGGUUCUUAAACUCCAAGAAUAAGACUGUCGUGUGGACGGCGAAUCGCGACCGCCCUGUGAAUGGUCAUGGGUCCAGAGUUACGAUGCGCGAGAAUGGGAACUUGGUUCUAACCGACUACGACGACACCGUCAUUUGGAGCACCAACAUCAGCUCAACUCGAGAUCAAUCGCAGCUUCUCGAUACUGGGAAUCUUGUUGUCAAGGAUAAAGAUGGUAAAGUUCUAUGGCAAAGCUUUGAUUAUCCCACUGAUACUCUUCUCCCUAACCAGGUAUUCCAUAAAAAUUCUAGUUUGGUGUCCGCUGCUGCUGGUGGAUUACUAUCUUCAGGCCACUACAAAUUUUAUUUUGAUAUCGAUUAUGUUUUGAUACUCAUAUAUGAUACACCUGAAUUUGAUAGCAUCUACUGGCCUGAUCCUGAUCAUAUAGUGUGGGAUGAUGGCAGAUCAGGCUACAACAGUAGCAGAUCUGCAGUCCUUGAUGACAUGGGAAAGUUCGUGUCCAGUGAUAACUUGACAAUCAGAGCUUCGGACUUGGGUCCGGGGAUCAGGAGGAGGCUGACUCUGGAUUAUGAUGGUAAUCUUAGCCUGCACAGCUUGAACGAGUCGACCGAGAUGUGGUCGAUUUCAUGGGUUGCUCUUUCGUCGGCUUGUCUGGUGCAUUCGUUGUGUGGUAGGAAUGGAAUCUGUGUCUACACGCCCACAUCCCACUGUACUUGUCCUCCUGGUUUUGAAGUGAACGACCCGAGUGAUUGGAGCAAAGGUUGCAAGCGCAAAUAUGACAUCAACUGCCACAAAUCUCAUGAAGUUAAAUUUUUCGAGCUUCCCCACACGGAUUUCUGGGGGUCUGAUGUCAAUGGCACUCUUUCCCUGUCAUUCAGGGCUUGCAGGAAGAUUUGCAGAGUGGACCGUUCAUGCGAAGCGUUCGGAUAUAAGAAGGAAAGUGGGAAAUGUUAUCCAAAGACUGCUCUCCAUAAUGGAAGAAGUCAUCCAGGCGUCGAUAACAACAUAUACAUAAAAUUUCCCCGAUGUGUAGAGACCUUGUGA